UUUUUAAUUUUGCUUCAUCCAAAAUCUUUGCAGUUCUCUUGUCUUUAUCAAACACAUAGAAUUUAAUUACAGAUACACACAUCACUUAAUCACUACGCCUUAACACAUAUAUUAUAGCACCCCUUCUAUUUUUUACCUAUUCCUCCUCCAAACAAUAAUCAAGAAUCAAGAAUCAAGGAAUCAAGAAUCCAAGAAUCCAAGAAUCAAGAAUAUAUACUCAAAAGAAAAGAAGAAGAUAUGAGGCCAAAAACAAAGAAUCCAUUCAACCUCAAGCUUCUCAUAAUCCCCACAACCCUAGUUUUUUUCCUCAUCUUCAUCUUGAGAUCAAAUUUAUCACCAUCUUCCAAUAUUACGACUUCGCCACGAUCUAAUAUUCGUCAAUCCAAAUCCCUCCCGAAGACGAAAGCCGAGAUGAAGUGUCCGAAAAAUUAUUGCGGAAAAAUCCCACAAUCCAUAUCGGAAGCCCUAAUCCACUACUCGACCUCGACCAUCACACCUCAACAAACGCUCGAAGAGAUAUCAAUCACGUCGAGAAUCUUGGAAGAAUAUUCCCCAUGCAACUUCCUCGUAUUCGGCCUCGGCCACGACAGCCUCAUGUGGCACUCGUUGAACCACGGCGGACGGACGGUCUUUCUAGAAGAAGACGAGUCUUGGAUCGAGCAAAUCAAGAGAAGAUUCCCCAUGUUGGAAUCUUACCGCGCAAGUUACGGCACGAAAGUCAGCCAAGCCAAUGAUUUGAUGCACGUGGGGAAAGGGAUCGAGUGCACGGCGGUUUCGGACCCUAGGUACUCGGUGUGCCAGCUGGCGUUGAAGGGCUUGCCGAGCGAAGUUUACGAGGUGGAGUGGGACUUGAUAAUGGUGGACGCGCCCACGGGGUAUUACGAGGAGGCGCCGGGGAGGAUGGCGGCGAUAUAUACGGCCGGGAUGAUGGCCAGGAACCGGCGGCGGCGGGGCGGAGGCGGCGGUGGUGGGACCCAUGUGUUUGUGCAUGAUGUGAAUAGGGAGGUGGAAGAUAAAUUUUCAAUGGAGUUUCUUUGUGAGGGGUAUUUGAAGAAACAAGAAGGGAGAUUGAGGCACUUUGUUGUGCCUAGUCAUAGGGAUGAUUUGGAAAGACCAUUUUGCCCCUAAUAGAAAAAAAUUAAUAUAGAAGUUAAUUCUUUUGCAUUAUUAAUUUCUUGAUUCUUUUUUUGUUUUAUUUUUUUUCUUCCUAUUUUUGUUUUGAUGUUGGACUUGUAAAAGAAGUUGAAUGUUGAGAAAUGGAGGCGAGAGGUUUGAAAUAAUGAUGAGGUGGAAUUUUAAGAGUGUUAAUCGGAC